AUGGCCGUUUCAAGGCUCCUCACCCCCCUCUCUUCAGGGGGGUGUGGGGGGGGCACGCGCGGCCCGGGCGGUUUCGAGGCCCCCCGCGCGUACAGCCCGGAGCGCCCCGGGCCGAGAGAGCGAUCAAAGAGCGGCGAGAGGGGAGCGCACGGGCCGGGGCUACCGCAGAUUACCGUGGGCGAUUCAUCACAGGGGACGGCAAUCGAGUCAGGAGGGAGCGGCCGGGGGCCCACGGGGACAGAGCCGAGCACACUGGGACGCACGGACACGGCACGGGGACAGACAGAUGGACAAGGACAGCCGGGAACAGGCGGCUGCACCACAGGACACGGCCCAACACAGGCGCUGGUGCAGCGGGACGUGCAGCUGCAGCACAGAGCCGUGCCCAGGGACACACCGAGGGACACGCUGACACGCACACCGAAGGACACGGGAUCACACCGGCAGCUCGGAGGCACAGCCUCCUUAUCCUCCUCCACGGCCACCGUGUGAAGGCCGGUUGGAUCCCUCUCCGUGUGGGAAAGGCCAGGAAAAAGCCGUUAUGGAUUAUCCCAGCGCGUGGAGUUGGUGCUGGAGGGGAGCACGGUGCAGAUCCCAGCGCUGGGGCUCCACGGUGUUUUGGCUGCCUGGGGUCCUGGAGCGCUGGGGAAGAGUUCCUUGACUGAAAAAGAAAACCGAAAAAGCCAAAAAAAGCGGCUGUGAGGCUCUUCCUUCCCCAGUGACGGCAGCGGGAGGGGGAAGGAUCUGGCGGAACCUUCCAUGCUGGGUGUGGGAAGGGGCUGAGUCAGGAGAAUGUGGAGGUGUGCCCUGGGCACGGUGGGCAGACCUCCAGGGGGAACACUCCCCCCAUGGCAAACCCCCUGCUGUGGGCAGCCCCCCUCCCUGGGCAGCCCACCCUCUGUGAGUUGGCAUCCCCAUGGGCACGGCCCCCUCUGCGUGUGGGCAGACCCACUCCUGGGGGUGCAUUCCCCCUGAGCAGCCCCCCCAGUGGGUAGGCAGACCCCCUGCUGUGGGUGUACAUCCCACACGAGCAGCUCCCCCAGCCCGGGGGUACAACUCCACUGUGCCGAGGUUGAUCAGUGAAGUGAGCCCAAAUGAGUGCAAUUAAAGUCAGUUUAAUGAGGACCCCCCCACAUCCACCCCCCAGCCCUGCAGCUGCCUUUGUCCGCUGCUGCUGCUGCUGCUGCACACACGGUUCCUGUCCCACCCCCCUCACUGGGCCUGUGCCACCACAGAGCCCCCAAAGCACAGUGUCACCCCUGGGGGGGCAGGAGGGGACCCUGAGGAUGGGGAGUGGUGGCUGAGGCCAAGGCCUGUCCCUGCCCAGGGGACUGGCUGGGAUGUGUUUGGGGGUGCAGCAAGGAGGCUGCAGCCCCAGCAGUGCCCCCCCUCCUCAGCUGUUCUCCCGAGCUUCAUCCUCCUGGGAGCUGCCAAGCCCCCUCAGAAGAAAGAGGAGGCUGGAGGAUCCCACAACACUCCUUGGGUGGGAGCUGGAGCAACCCCUGGCUCUGCCUGGACCUCCAGCACUGCUGCAGCGGGACCCCCUGGCUGGUGUGACCCACUGCCGUCCUCCAAGGCUCAUCCCAGGGCUCUGCAUGGCACGGAACAGCAGGUACGGCUCCCAGGACAGGCAGUUUUCCAGCUGGCUGUGGCAUUCCCGGCGCGUCUCAAGGCCGUCUGCGUCCAAGGGUCGUGUUUGUGGUGCAGAGGGACGAGGUGGCUCAGCACCACUGUCCCCUCCGCUCCCAGCUCAGGGCCCUCACCCCCUGCCCGGCGCUCCCCGGGGCUGGGGGGCAGCGGGGGGCACGGAGCCACAGCCGCUCGGGGGUCCGAGAAAAAAAGGAAGGAACUUAACUCCCAUUAACCAUCCCAUUGUACUGGCCGUGGGAAUAAUCGGGUUUGCUAAUGCAAUUGCUGCCGCGAUGCGAAAAUCCGACUGGAAAAUGUAUUAGAGCAAUUAUCCGCCUCCCUCCGCAGCCGGCGGAGCAUUAAUAUUCAAUUUUGAUGUGGAAGCCCUAUUAUGUUAAUGACUUUGGUGACAAAAGUCGUUAAUGCAAGACGUUCCCUUCAUGGCAGCAGCAUCAGCCGGGGCGAGCAGAGGCUGCUGCCACG